GUUUCCACUCCUGGCAACAAAAGCGGUACCUAGUGGAGCUUGAGCUCACAGUUGCUAUUUAACUGUAGAGGAAGCCUCUUAGCCAGGGGGUUAACGUUAUACUUGAAGAAAUGACAUGUUGCCUACUUUCAUCCGUUUUGUUUUAAUUUCGUGCAAAGUGCUAUGAUAUCGUCCUUCAUGUCGGCUCACCUUGGCAACUUUGCGCUCACUUGAUCGACAGCUUUGCAGGUGUCUGUAAUUGCCGUGGGGCGAGAGUUCAAGAAAACUGUCAAGCAGGGCAAAUAAUUAAGUAGGUUGUGUCCUACGUGGAUCUCCUUCCUUUGAAGGUGUGGUUUCCAAGCAGACAAAAUGAGACGGUGGACUGAUAGAGAGCUGCUGAUUAGCCAGGACUUGGUUUGGCAGACUACCUGCCUGGUGUACCAGGCAUAAAGGAUAAGGUCUUAAUUAUAACAUCGAGGAAACCUUGUUAAGACCUUAAAUCCUAACCGGCAGGAUGAGUCCACAGAGCUCUGCAAAAGCCCUGGAUGGGGGCUGGGGAUGGGUCAUUGUGGUGGUGUCUUUCAUGGCCCAAUUCCUUGCCUAUGGCUCCCCCCAGUCCGUGGGAGUCCUUUACCCAGAGUGGCUAGAUGCUUUCCAGGAGGGCAAAGGAAUGACUGCAUGGGUUGGUUCUCUGGUAUCUGGUGUUGGAUUGAUUGCAAGUCCCAUCUGCAGUGCUUGUGUGAUGAACUUCGGUGCCAGACCAGUCACAAUCUUCAGCGGGGUCAUGGUGGCAGGAGGCCUUAUGCUUAGCGCCUUUGCCCCUAAUGUCGAGUUCCUGAUCUUCUCCUAUGGAAUAGUUGUUGGACUGGGCCUUGGGCUGGUUUACGCUGCCACGGUGACCAUCACCUGCCAGUACUUUGACAAGCGACGUGGCCUCGCGCUUGGAAUAGUGACAACAGGAACAAGUGUGGGAGGAUUCCUGUACGCCACAGGACAGAACGAGCUCAUCGAGCUCUUUGGAAUUGACGGAUGCCUGCUGAUCAUCGGAGCCAUCUCUCUGAACGUCAUCGCCUGCGCUGGUCCCAUGAGGUCCCUUCAAUUGCCCGGCUACUACCUCAAGCAGAAGGCGGCGUAUGAGAAGGCCGAGGAGCAGCUCUUCUCUCAGUCCGAGAAGCUCCCCGCCCCCAAGGAGUCCAUCAUCACCACCACCCCUGGCACAGCCGAGAAGAGCGCCACAGCCACCGACCUGCUGAUCGCUGUGGAAACCAAAGAUUCUCUGGCCUACGAGAAGAGCUUCCUGAGCGGCCUGGCCCUGGUCAAGAUCAUCAAGAAUAAGCAGAAGGCCUACUCCACGUACUUCCACUCCACAGCCGAGUUCCUGCACGACCGCGUCUUCGUCUCCUUAUGCGUCACCCUCUUCCUCUUCAGCCUGGGGGCCUUCCCGCCCGUGCUGUUCAUGGAGGAUGUGGCCCUGAGCGAGGGCUUGAUCGACGGAGUUAGCGUCAUACCGCUGGUCUCCAUCGUGGCCAUCACCACAGGGCUGGGCAAGCUGGUGUUGGGCAUCCUGACUGACAUUAGGUGGAUCAACAGCCUGUACCUUUACGCCUUCACCGUGGCCGGCACAGGGGUUGCUCUGCUCGUCAUUCCAGUGACCAAGAGCUAUGUAGGCCUCCAGGUACUCUCAGGGAUAGUGGGGUUCUUCUCGGGGAACUGGGCCAUAACACCCUACGUCACCACCAAGAUCAUUGGCAUCGACGGCCUGACUCAAGCCUACGGGAUCCUGAUGUUCUUUGGUGGUUUCGGAAUUAUGCUGGGACCUCCAGUUGUAGGUUGGUUCUAUGACUGGACGCUUUCGUAUGACCUUGCGUUCUACUUCAGUGGAAGUUGUGUCUUGGUAGGAGGGAUCAGCUUCUUCCUGUUUGCUUUGCCUUGCUGGGACAAGAAGAACAAAGAAAACCCUAGACGUGACAUUGAAUACACUAGUAGCUGUGACAAAAUAGCCUCUGUAGCUUAAGUAGUUGUCAAGAAAACCCUGAGCUGUCCUGCUAAUAGUUUUUGUGUAAUUUCAUCAACCACUGCAGACAUAUUUUCUCACCUCCACAAGGUCUGUCUUGUUGGGAAAAUAGUAUUUAUGGUGCAUUGAAUUUGGCUUUCAAUGUUUUGUGCAUUUGCAACAAUGGUUGGAGCAGGUUUUCCGUUUUUCAAAAAUGAAUCUGAAACGAACAGUUUUGACUGCAGCAUCUUUUCGGCAUUAUAUAUUUUCCGUCUUCAAAAUGUAUCAUUAUGGCCUUGUUUUAAGAGGCUCUAGUUAAAUGAAAGUGUUGGCAUUGGUAGACAUUUUGAAGACUGAACUAUUGUUUACUGUAAGAGUGCUGUUCAUUGUACAUUUCACAUGACUUGGACUCAUUUACAUUUACACUGACUGAAAAUACCUUCAAUUCCUUCAAGGUCACUCAUGUUGGGUUCAGAGGAGAACUGUUUUGAACUCUCUAGGUUUCUUUUAUGAAACAACCUGCAGGAAUAUUAUAUGGACACUGUUGAAGACAACUACUUAAAAAAGAGCAUUGAAUUGUGUUACCAUGCAAAUUCCAAUUCUUGUAAUUCACUGUCCAUGCAUGUGUGUUUGGAUGACAGGGAUUGGAGUGUAUGAGGAAAUGCACUUUAAUGAAUUCUGUUCAAGUACAACCGCACAAGAUUUUUUCCAAAAAUAUAUUUUUUAUUUAUACACGUAACUUUUUUUAAACUUCACCCUGGGGCAUUUUCAAAGCCCAGGGCCUGGGGUUCUUCAGUACUGCCUUGCAGUAUACACAUUAUGCCUAGUGAAUUAUGGUGCCUUAUUCUCAGAACAAGGUGGCACCAAAACCAUGUUUCUUUCUUACUGACUUUUCAAACUCUUUGUACUUGAUUGCAGAAAGUAAUUUGCCAUUUUGCCAUUUUCAAAAGACAUGCUCUACAUAAGGAGAUGUAUGAAUAGAAUUAACGUUAGAGCACAUUCAGUCCAGUUCAGAUCCUUUUGCCAAUGGCUAUUGAUGAUGUCGUUUUUCGCUAGGCUGGUCCUAUUUCCUUGACAUGCAAGCAGUAGCCAUUUUUGUUAGUGAUUUAUACAAUUACUGUAUAUCGAGUACAUUUGUCUACUAGUCUUGAAAUGGUUGAAAACUUAGUAAACCUUAGUAAACAAUUUGUAAGCUGUCAUACGAGACAACAGUCUUUUUAGUGAUUUUAUAUGCACUGAUUCAGGUAUUAUUAUUAUUAUUAUUAUUGUCAUCUCUUUUAAAGAAAAUAUUUAAAUGUUUGUCAUUUAAAAGUAAUGGUUUUAAAGUAUGAUGAUACAAACAUUUUCUUGUUAUCCAAAAAGAUCCCUGAAGAUGUUUUAUGCUGUAGUCUUCAGCGUUUGAAGCUUCACUUUGUCUUAAACCUUUAUAUUUCAUGUCUUUGUUCAGUUGCCUUCUGUGUUUUGUUCUUUUUCACUUUUUUCAUUUUUCUAAGAAAAUUGGCAAUAAAAAGAAAAUUACCUCUCAAA